UGAUCCAACGGAUCCUGCUCAUUCGCUCCCAAACCAAUCCCUCCCGUUCCGUUUCGCCCAUCGCUUCCUCGCCGGAGCCACCGUCACCCGCCGCCGCCCGCCACCAAUUGGAGCUCCACAGCAAAAUCCAUUUCACGUUUUGAGGCGUUCAUUUCAACAGCGCGUCAAUUUCACGCGGAACGUGAAAGCCGAUUCAUGACUCGGAUUCUCAGAUUCUCAUUCGUUCUUAUCCUCAAUCGGAUUUGAAAUUCCACAGAGAAUCGCAUCGAAUCGCAUCGCGCACUGAAUUUCUGGUUUCAAUUUCAACGAGUUUCUUCCGCAAACACUGCUUCAACAACUUGGCGCGCAACCGAGUCAACGCGAACGAUUUCCGUCGGCGCUUCAAUUUCCGCCACCGGACUUGAUGGCGGACUCGGACAACGAUUCCGGCGGGGAGCACAACGCAGGCCGAUCGAACGCUCAUGACAGAGAGUUAUCGCUGAAGGAGCAGGACCGGUUCCUGCCGAUAGCGAACGUGAGCAGGAUCAUGAAGAAGGCGUUGCCGGCGAACGCGAAGAUCUCGAAGGACGCGAAGGAGACGGUGCAGGAGUGCGUGUCGGAGUUCAUAAGCUUCAUCACCGGCGAGGCCUCCGACAAGUGCCAGCGGGAGAAGCGGAAGACGAUCAACGGCGAUGACCUGCUGUGGGCCAUGACGACGCUUGGGUUCGAGGACUACGUGGAGCCGCUGAAGGUGUACCUGCAGCGGUUCAGGGAGAUGGAGGGAGAGAAGAGCGUGGCGGCGCGUGAUAGGGACGCUCCCUCUUCCAAUGCUAGCAACAGUUCAUUUGAGGGUGGUGGUGGUAGUUAUGGUGGUGGUGGGAUCAUGAUGCAUCAGGGACACGUGUACGGUUCUUCUGGGUUUCAUCAAGUGAUGGGUAAUAAGGGUGGGCCUGGGUAUCCUGGGCCUGGAUCCAAUGCUGGUAGACCAAGAUAGUGUAUGGUGUGGCCCUUGUUUAAUUAUUUUCAUAAUUAUAAAAAGGGUGCAUGAUUUGUGGUAGUGGUGAAGUGAUUAGUGAAUUGGUAAUAAUCCUGAUAGAGAGGUUGGUUUGUACUGUGGCCAAUAAUCUGUAACUGUUUUAACUGUUGUUGUAUCAUAGAAAUAGUGCUUCUUGUGAUGUACCACUUUUAAAUUUGUGCCCCAAUUGGUCUAGUUUUCCUUUACCUUUGUAUGGACUUUAUAAAAGGGAAGUGAUGUUAUGAUUCA